AUGCCCAGCAAGAGGAAGAAGAACAAGCUCCGGAUGAGAAGGGUGACAAGUAAUUCAAUAACAAACAGCCCUCUGGCUGGAUUACCUUCAGCAACCUCUCCUCAUAUUUUUUCUCUCCAUCUCUCACUGUUUAAUCAAAGCAGAGGGAUUCAUAGUAAAGUUCAUCAGACACACUUCUCUCUCUGUCUUUAUGUUGAGCAGCAGGCCCAGAGGAGGGUCCUUGAGGAGCAGCAUUCUACUGGCACAGGCAAAGGAACCCCAGGAGUGGCUGCCGUGGCACCCCCCAGUAGUAAAGGUCCAGUAGUAAAGGUCCCAGUCAUAAAGCCCCCUGAAAUAUCCAAUUGUCACCCCCUUAUUCCCCCCACUAUAGUAGUAAAGGUCCCAUUCAUACAGCCACCGGCCCCAGUCAAAGUACCAGAGCCUGAGCCUGCGGUGGCGGUUGUAGAGCCUGAAGUGGUAGCAGCUGAGGUUGAAGUUGAGACCCCAGUCAAAGCUCCAGUGGAGGUUGAAGUCGAGGCCCCAGAAGAAGUCCCAGUCGAGGCCCCAGAAGAAGUCCCAGUCGAGGCCCCAGAAGAAGUCCCAGUCGAGGCCCCAGAAGAAGUGCCAGAAGAAAUCCCAGUCGAGGCCCCAGAAGAAAUCCCAGUCGAGGCCCCAGAAGAAGUCCCAGUCGAGGCCCCAGAAGAAGUCCCAGUCGAGGCCCCAGAAGAAGUCUCAGUCGAGGCCCCAGUCGUAGAAGCAGAAGCUCCAGUUGAGCCCCCUACAGAAGAAACUACAGCAGGGCAGGAAGUUGAAGAAAGCAUCAUUCCAGGGACUGAGCCAGUAACUGAGGCCAUACCCAUUCCUGAGGCCCCUGUGUCAGUUCUUGCUGAAUUUAAGGUCGAAAACUCCGUAGCCAUUACCACAGAGAUCGCACAGACUCAUGACGAGCCGUGGCUCGAGGCUGAAGUGGAGGCUGAAGUGGAGGCUGAAGUGGAGGCUGAAGUGGAGGCUGAAGUGGAGGCUGAAGUGGAGGCUGAAGUGGAGGCUGAAAUAGUUGACGAGGUCCAUGCGAAAGUAGAGGCAGUAGUUGAGGAAGAACCAGAGCCCGAUCCCGUGGUCAAGGCCGAAGCUGCCCCAGUUGUAGAUGCUGAACUUGAACUCGAAGAGUCGGGAAUCAAAGACGGAGACAGUCCUUUUGUCAAAGCUGAAGUCAUUCCUGAAGAUAUUGAUGUCGAAGAGCAUGAGACUGUUAUGACAGAGGCACCUGAAGAGGUUUCAGUGGAGACAGAAAUUAUCCCAGAAAAGCUGUGGAAGCCCGUGGAUGCACAGGUCGAAGAAGCCCCCAUAGCCGAGGUCGCUCCAGCAGAGCUCCUCGUAAAGGCCCCAGUAGACCCUGUCAUCAACAUAAUGGCUGACUUUGCCAUCACAGAAUCUGUUCCCGUUGUGGAGGCAGCCAUGGCUGAGCAGGUGCCCGCAGUCCCAACGGAUUCACUUGACGCCCUAUCGGAGUUGCUGAACGACAUCACUCGAGUCACUGAGCCUGCCCCUGUCACAGCUGAAAAAGUCAUUGACGAGCCAGAGUGUGAGGAGAAAGAGGUGACAAAGAUGGGGGUGAGAGACGACGUACUUCCACCCGAUUACCGGCCCUGCUCGGAGGGCCUGCUGGCUAAAGAGGAUAUUGAAGCCCAGAGACAAAUCGAGGCUAAAAAGGAUGCCAUAGAUGAGAAGAUGGUCCUUGACGUCAUCUCUGGAGAUUUAUCCGCCCCCCACCCUGUCAUCUCAGAACUGCAGUGUCACACGCAGCUCGCCGCCCCCAAGGAUAUCCCAGCAGAGGCCGUGCUGAAUGGACAGAUGGCAGCUGAGGUGGCCAUUGAGGGAUAGAUCUCUAUGGAUUUCCUCAGUCAGUAUGAAGGACUGAAGAGAGCCUGACGGUGAGCCGACCAGCGAACUUUACUUUUCAUUUUUUAGGGCUUAAAGGGACCGCUGGGAAAUUUGACAGACAUCCAACACUCAGUGCCUUUCUUCCUUGGGUUCUUACAAAAAAAAAUAUUAAACAAGUUUAAAAUGCGAUAUGAAGGUGGGGGAAUAAGACGUUUUUUUUUAAAUCAGAAUGUGACUUUGGAAUAAACAAAUGAUGGCUUUCAUAGAUUUCUGUAUCCCAUUGCGUGUAUUGUGGAUUUACAUCAAUUGUAAAUGGCAUGCAUUGUGUAUGAAUACUGUAGAAUUGAUGAAGGUGGCAAUGGCUUGUCUUCACAUUUGGACCAUGUUUGUAUGGAUGAGAGGGAUUAAUUCCUUGUACACGUUUCCUGUUUUAACCUGGUUUGACUCCUUUUUGUGAAGGGACAGUCUUCUCCCUAUCCCCAUUGUGGUACUUUUGUUUUUUCAGGGACUGUAUGAUGACAGCUCCACCCUCUUUACUGUGUAGUGUCAGUGUGUCUACAGUCCCAAGUCUGUCCUGGGCAAUGUGAAAUGGUGUGUAGUUUUAGGUCCUCUGACCAGAUGCUCUUAACAUUUAAUUACCUACGCUGCCAACUGAAAACAGAGUACGGGGGCCUGUAGAUCCUGUUUUUAGUUUUUCUGUUUUGUAUAGACCAUAUGAUGUGAUACAACCGCUGUUUGUGUUCAGUUACGUGCUCUGGAAGAGACCAUGGGGUUGUCAUGUAAUUGAGGAGCUGGGUUGGAUUUCAUUCACCUUUUUGAAUAAAGAUGUUACUCACUAA